AUGUCAAAUAAUGUUUCAUCCAGUCCAUCACUAAAUCCAAAAUCCUCAUUCCUUAAAAUUAGACCCAAAGAAUUAGUAUAUCAUCCACCAUUCAUGGGUGUAAUUACAAAUGAAUUAAAAUUAUAUAAUAGCAGUGAUGAACAUACAAUUGCAUUUAAAGUUAAAACAACUGCACCAAUUAGAUAUUGCGUCAGACCAAACACUGGAAUUAUUCCACCAGGUAAAUCAAUUGAUGUUCAAAUUUUAUUAAAUUGUACAAAAGAUUCACCAUCAAUUUCAAUGAAAACCAAAGAUAAAUUUCAAAUUCUUUCAAUUGUUGUUACUGAUCCAAAUAUUGAUCCAAAAUCAAUUUGGACAAAUUCACCACCAAAUUUAAUCACAAAAAAUAAAUUAAAAGCAGUAUUUUCUUUACCAUCAAAUGAACAACAAUCACCAUCAAAUCCAUCAAGUAACAGCACAAAUGAUUAUAAAUCUAACAGUACAUUAUUUUCAGAAGUUAAUAGUAUUAAUAAUAAUAGUAAUAGUAGCAAUACACAAAAACAUGAUCAUGAAACCAAUAAAACCAGUAACAUUAGCAAUAGUAAUAUAGAUACCACAACCACCACCACCACCUCCAAUAGUAAUACUAAUAGUAAUAGUGCAUCUUCAUUGACAGCAACUUCAAAUAGAACCGAUUCUAAAUCUUCAAAAACAGAUAUUACAAAAAGAAAUGUACAAAAUACAACACCCUCCUCCUCAAUACAAGAUACUGAAACUGAAAAACUACGUAAUCAACUUAAAAAUUUAAAUGAUGAACUCGACAAAAUUAAAAAAGGUAAUAUAACACCAACCAAUGUAUCUCAACAAACAAAAGGUGGUUUCAAUCAUUAUCAAACUUUAAUUGUUAUAUUUGCCAUUGCAAUUUUAUCUUUUAUUUUUGGUAAAUUAAUUUAA